UACAAAUUAGAUACAAUAAUGCUUGCUAACAGAUUUGCACGCACUUCUUUGCGUAAUACUCGCUUGCCAACUUUGUCCCGUUUCAACUCGAACGGUAAAGUGCAAGGCCAAGUGAUUGGUAUCGAUUUGGGUACCACGAACUCCGCUGUUGCCAUCAUGGAGGGUAAGGUUCCAAAGAUCAUUGAGAACGCUGAGGGUUCCAGAACCACCCCAUCCGUGGUUGCCUUCACAAAGGAGGGCGAGAGACUCGUUGGUAUUCCAGCCAAGCGUCAGGCCGUUGUCAACCCAGAGAACACUUUGUUUGCCACAAAGCGUUUGAUUGGUCGUCGUUGGGAAGACGCUGAGGUUCAAAGAGAUAUCAAGCAAGUGCCAUACAAGAUUGUCAAGCACUCUAACGGUGAUGCUUGGUUGGAGGCUCGUGGCCAAACCUACUCCCCAGCUCAAAUUGGUGGUUUCGUCCUCAACAAGAUGAAGGAGACCGCUGAGGCCUACCUCGGUAAGUCCAUCAAGAACGCUGUUGUUACAGUGCCAGCUUACUUCAACGAUUCCCAAAGACAAGCCACCAAGGAUGCCGGCCAAAUUGUCGGUUUGAACGUGUUGCGUGUCGUUAACGAGCCAACCGCUGCCGCUUUGGCUUACGGUUUGGAGAAGACCGAGACCAAGGUUGUUGCUGUCUUUGAUUUGGGUGGUGGUACCUUCGAUAUCUCCAUCUUGGAUAUCGACAAUGGUGUCUUUGAGGUCAAGUCCACAAACGGUGACACCCACUUGGGUGGUGAGGAUUUCGAUAUUGUCCUUGUUAGAGACAUUGUUGAACAGUUCAAGAAGGAGAACGGUAUUGACUUGGAGAAUGACCGUAUGGCCAUCCAAAGAAUCAGAGAGGCUGCUGAGAAGGCUAAGAUUGAAUUGUCUUCCACUGUCUCCACCGAGAUUAACUUGCCAUUUAUCACUGCCGACGCUUCCGGUCCAAAGCACAUUAACACAAAGAUCUCUAGAGCUCAAUUCGAGACCCUUGUUGAUCCAUUGAUCAAGAAGACUGUCGACCCAGUUAAGAAGGCUUUGAAGGAUGCCGGUUUGUCCACCUCUGACAUUGGUGAGGUUAUCCUUGUUGGUGGUAUGACCAGAAUGCCAAAGGUUGUUGAGACCGUCAAGUCCCUCUUCAACAAGGAGCCAUCUAAGGCUGUCAACCCAGAUGAGGCUGUUGCCAUUGGUGCUGCUAUCCAAGGUGCUGUCUUGGCUGGUGAAGUUACCGAUGUCUUGUUACUUGAUGUUACCCCAUUGUCCCUCGGUAUCGAGACCUUGGGUGGUGUCUUCACCAGAUUGAUCCCAAGAAACACCACUAUCCCAACAAAGAAGUCCCAAAUCUUCUCCACUGCUGCUGAAGGUCAAACCUCCGUUGAGAUUAGAGUAUUCCAAGGUGAGCGUGAAUUGGUCCGUGACAACAAGUUGAUUGGUAACUUCACCUUGUCUGGUAUCCCACCAGCUCCAAAGGGUGUUCCACAAAUCGAGGUCACCUUCGACAUCGACGCUGAUGGUAUCAUCAACGUCUCUGCUAGAGACAAAGCCUCUAACAAGGAUGCUUCUAUCACCGUUGCUGGUUCUUCUGGUUUGUCCGAUGCUGAAAUCGAGAAGAUGGUUAACGAUGCUGAGAAGUAUGCUGAACAAGAUAAGGCUAGAAGAGAGGCUGUUGAGAACGCCAACAAGGCUGACCAGACCAUCAACGACACUGAGAAGUCUCUCAAGGAGUUUGAGGAAAAGAUUGACAAGGAGAAGGCUGGUGAGGUUCAAAAGCAAAUUGACUCUUUGAAGGAGUUGGUUGCUCGUGCCCAAGCUGGUGAGGAGGUCAACGCUGAGGAGUUGAAGACCAAGACCGAGGAGUUGAGAGCUGCUUCCUUGAAGUUGUUCGAGGACUUGUACAAGAACAGCUCCAACGAGGCUAAGCCAGAGGACAAGUAA